UGAGACUCCUGUUCACACGUUCAUCAUGACCACGAAGAUUGUGAUCCUGGCUCUGGCCGCCCUCGCUGCCCUCUGCCUCGUGGACGACGCCCAUGCCGCCGUGACACACCGCUACGCCCUCCAUCCCGCCCACCGCCCUCAACCACGGGGCGCCUGUCAAGGAGGUAGCCGAGGAGGAGGUGGAGUCACAGGAGUCUUAGAUAUUCGAUCGGGGCGCAGAGGAGUCUUGGAUCCGAGUCUUAGCUCUGCCUUAGACUCAGGUCUUAGACUCAAGUGUUUGAGGACCAGAUCUCGUAUGAUGGUGCCUGCGGAGUCCAGUAGAGGCUGCAGUCACAGGUACAGCUGAUGUGACUGUAACUGCAGUGCUGACUGGCGUCUCCGAAGGACACGACAGGAUGGAGAUCAGGACAGGGAGGGAGAUGGUGGAGCGUCUGCGAUGUUCGGACGCCCAUCUUGCCCUCCACAGCAGCGACCUUCUUUACUAUGAACAUUGGAGACAAUAAACUUUUCAAAGA